AUGUAUGAGAUUUAUGUGGAGACCUGUGGGCAGAAUGCUCAGAACCAAGUCAACCCGGCAACAUUUGGGAAGUGGACUCCUUAUGCCCUGGACCCUCUGAUGAGCUCUUCAGAGUCCUCCUUGGACAAUGUCCCAGUACGCGUCCCGGGGCUUGGUGAAGGACUCUUUUUUGGUGGUCACUUGCUGCCUGCCCAGAAGUCCACCUCCAAAGGCUGCCAAGGGAAAACUGCCCACCAGGGCCUUGCUGGGCAGUAUCUGGGCUCUCCCAUAUGCCAGCUCGGUCUCAUGUAUGGCCAACUUCAGGCCACAGAAAGGACUCAGCAGUUCCUGCUGGUGCGCGUGGUGUUCCCCGAUCUGGGCACUCGGAGGCUGGGCACAAGAGGAAGUGCCAGGUAUCAUUAUGAUGGAAUCUGUAUCAAGAAAAGUUCUUUCUUCUAUGCGCAGUAUUGCUAUCUUCUAGGCGAAAAAAGGCAUCACAGUGGAGAUCUUGCCGCCUUUGAAAAAUCUACUAAUUAUAGCAGCAUUAUCCAACAAGAAGGAAGAACAGAGAACAGGCCGCCUAGAGCUGCAGUUCUCAUCGUGAGCUCGCAGAAGUGUGAGGAUCAUUCGCCAAUAAAGACAGACCCAGUUGGAUGCCCAUUGUCUGAAUUCAGGAGGUGUCCAUUUUGGGAGCAAGAACUGGCAAAGAAAUAUUCCUGCAAAAUGAUGGCCUUUCUUGCUGAUGAAUACUGCAACUAUUGUCAAGACAUUUUACAAAAUGUGGGGGACUUGCUUACUUCCUUCUGGAAGUCUCUGCAGCAAGACACGGUCAUGCUGAUGUCGCUGCCUGAUGUGUGCCAGCUCUUUAAAUGCUACGACAUACAGCUGUACAAGGGAAUUGAGGACGUUCUCCUUCAUGACUUCUUGGAAGAUGUUUCUAUUCAGUACCUGAAAUCUGUACGGUUAUUUAGUAAGAAGUUUAAGCUGUGGCUUCUUAAUGCUUUGGAAGGUUUUCCAGCUCUCUUACAGAUCUCCAAACUCAAAGAAGUUACUGUGUUUGUCAAAAGACUGAGAAGAAAGACAUACCUUUCCAACAUGGCAAAGACUAUGAGAAUGGUAUUGAAAAAUUACAGGAGAGUCAGCAUUUUGAAGUCAGAUCUGCACGCCAUUCUCAAUCAGGUCACCUUGGAUAUUUCCAAGAAAACUCUGGCAGGUGAUCCAAGCAACAAGGAUGAUGAACUGGAGAAAAAUUCAGAGAUGAAAUGCUUAAGCAGUUUGAUUUCUUUGCUGGGAACAUCAACAGAUCUCAGUGUAUUCCUGAACUGUCUGUCUUCAAAUCUCCAAGCAUUUGUCUUCCAGCCAAGCAGAAGCAAAGAGGAGUUUAUCAAUUUGGCCGCCAGUUUCCAGCUACGAUGGAAUUUCCUACUCACUGCCGUGAGCAAAGCCAUGACCCUCUGCCACAGAGAUAGUUUUGGUUCUUGGCAUCUAUUUCAUUUGCUGCUCUUGGAAUAUGUGAUUCAUAUACUUCAGUCAUGCAUAGAGGAGGAAGAGGAGGAGGAGGACGUGGGGAACAUCAAAGAAAUGCUACCAGAUGACCAGUCCCUUGUCCAACCAGACCAGGCACUUUUCCACCCUCCAGACUCUUCACCAACUCAGGCGUGUGCAAGCCCAAGUAUGGAGCCACCCCUGAUGCAUUUGGGCCAGAGCCGAUGUCCAGUAGGUGUGAGCAGCUUGGUCCUCAGGGUCCUGGGCUUCCUGGUGGACACCGCCACAGGCAAUAAGCUCAUCCAGGUAUUGUUGGAAGACAAGGCCACCAGAAGUGCCAUUAAACUCAGCCUUCCUGUAGGACAAGAAGCCCUCGUAACCCUAAAAGAUGGUCAAAAAUUUGUGAUUCACAUAUCAGAUGUACCCCAAAGCUCUGAAAAUAUUUAUUUCAGAGAAAGCAAUGCUAAUAUGUAA